UGUAGUUGCACGGUUGUCCAGCAGCCGGCAGCAAAGCGCCCAGCAGAUCCCCACUCAGGAGAAAAUCGCUGCUGUCCGCACGGCAGUGCGCGAUGGUCGGGGUAGCGACUGUGCUAGUAGCCGCUAGUGUCUACGGUGGUUCCUCGCAUGUGUGUGUAAUGGUGAGCAGCGGCAAAGGAAACGACGACGAAGACGGCUGCUGUCCCGCCUCCGACGACAGCUAGCUUGUCCCGAUGUCAUGGCGGCUCGCCCCAUCUCCUCCCCGGUGCCUCGGCCUGCUGGCCGAGACGGGAUCUUCCGCAAGGAGCGGGAUCCCCCGUCCCCUUCCCCCUCCUCCUCCCGGCGCCGUACUGCCCGCUCGCUACCUGACGUGUGCCCCAAAGAGCCCACUGGUGAGGGGCGGGGCCUGUGCGACGAUCCCUCGGUGGUUUCGGAGCACGACCGCUGGACGGUGUACAGUUCCAAGGUCAACCUGCCAGCGGCACUCAACGACCCAAGGCUGGCCAAACGUGAGUCGGACUUCUUCACCAAGACCUGGGGUCUGGACUUCAGCGAGUCGGAGGUGAUGCCGUCCUUCUGCCUCGCCAACGUUACGCAGGAAGACUUCAGCGUGUACCUACAGGAGAGCGCGCAGAGGGAAAGGAUCCACGAGCGAUGUAAGACUCUUUGUCCAGUCAAAGAUGACAUUGUGGACGCCAUCUCCAGCAUUAGCACCACGCAAGAAAAGUCCAGAGCAGAAUUGGACCAAGUCCCCAAGAUGUUCCUGAAGCCUGACUUUGCCCUGGAAGAGCCGUCGACCUUCAAUGCAGUCCUGCCGUGGUCCCACUUCAACAGCGGUGGUGGGCGCAGCAGCCGUGACGUGGCGUCCUCCAAACUGCUGCAAGAGAAGCUGAGUCACUACCUAGACGUGGUGGAGGUUAGCAUCGCCCGGCAGAUCUCUCUGCGCUCGGAGGCUUUCUUCAACGCCAUGUCGUCGCAGCACGAGCUGCAGGACCGCCUGAAGGAGACUCAAAAGGCCGUGGCCGUGCUGCGGCGCCGCACCGCCGCCAUCGACCGAGUCAUGUGCCAGGGCCCCCUGGCGGCUCUGCGUGCUGCCCUCACACGCAACAACUGCGUCAAGCUGCACAACAAGCUGAAGCUGAUGGCGGCCGUGCACCAGACUCAGCCCACCGUGCAGUUGCUGCUCUCAACCUCAGAGUUUGUGGGAGCCCUAGAGCUUAUCGCCACCACCAAGGAAGUUCUCCAACAGGAGCUGCAAGGCAUCCAUAGCUUCAGACAUCUGGGCUCUCAGCUGUGUGAGCUGGAGAAGCUGAUUGACAAGAUGAUGGUGGAGGAUUUCAGCAUGUAUGCACGCAGUGAGCUCAACCGCAGCCUGAGGGAUGACACACAGCUCCUGGAGAAGGUACACACGGCAAACACUGACUCUCACAAGGAGCGUCUUCAGUCGCUGGUGUUUGGCCUGCUGCGCCAGAGGAAGUUGGACUUUUUGGACAUUUACGGUGACGAGAUGAUGGCAGCGGCCAAGGCCAUUGUGUCCCAGUGUGUCGCAGAGCGGCUCCUGUCCAUCGAUGAUAUCGACACGGAAGUUGUCACCAAGUUGGCCGAGCAGAUGCGUCUGAUGACCUUCCCUCAGUGGUUUGAGCUCCUCACGGACAUCUUUGACUGCUUCCUGAUUUUCUUCCAGAGGAUGAAGGCCACUCUCAAUGUCAUCCAGCUGGUGGUUCUAGAGGUUCUGGAGACCAACCAGAAGACUUCCUUGGUGGGUAAGUCCCACCUGGAGGACCGUCAGCCUAAUGAGGCGCCCGGCUCGUGCGGUGACGUCACAGAGUUGGCCUACCUCACACACGACGGCCCGUUCAUCAGCGACGCCCUCUGCAGUGCCCACCCCCACCAAGAUGGCGAUGCACACCAAGCCACAGCCGGAACGCCGGACGCCGAGUUGGCGUCCAGGGAGAAGAACUUCAUGUCCGGUGACAUGAUGCCGUCUGACAUGGAGCUGAACCGUGUGCUGAACAACAUCCAGGAGCUUCUGCACGCCGCCUCCGACAUUAGCCAUGACCGCUGUGUCAAGGUUCUCACUGCCAGAGCCAAGGACGGCUCCCUGGAGCGCAUCAGCUCGGCUGAGUUUGUGGCCCUGUCGGUGGCAGUAGAGGCCUUCGUUAAGGACACGGAGGAGCUGUGCGGCAGGCGCAGCGUGUCUCUGCGUGGGGCGCUGCAGAGUCAGGCUGACCGCUUUGUCCACCGCUUCCACGAGGAGCGCAAGACCAAACUCAGUCUCCUGCUGGAUAAUGAGCGCUGGAAGCAAGCAGAGGUUCCCGCCGAGUUUCAGGAGCUGGUGGACUCCAUGGCGGACGGCGCCAUCACACUCUCACUACGCAAAGCAGCAGGUCCAGACGACAGGAAGCCGGGCGACUUCUUGCUGGUGCAGGGGCACAAAUACGCCGUGGUGGGGACGGUGCUGCUGCUCAUCCGGAUCUUUCUGGAAUACUGCCAGUGCGUCAAUGACAUCCCGGCCAUAGCCACGGACAUGUUGACGCGGCUGGCUGACCUCCUCAAGCACUUCAACUCUCGCAGUUGUCAGCUGGUUCUUGGUGCAGGAGCCCUGCAGGUGGUCGGCCUCAAGACCAUCACCACCAAAAACCUCGCGUUAGCGUCGCGUUGCCUGCAGCUGGUGAUGUUUUACAUUCCCGUCAUCAGGCGACAUUUUGAGAGCAAACUGCAGCCCAAACACUUUAGCGUCCUCAGACACUUUGACCACAUCACCAAGGACUACAAUGACCACGUGUCUGAGAUCUGGGCCAAGCUGGUGGCCAUCAUGGACAGCGUGUUUGAGAAGGUUCUGACGAAGUAUGAGGUGAAGGCCCCGAUGCCGUCGUCGUGUUUCCGUAACGUGUGUAAGCAAAUGGUCAAGAUGCACGAGGCCAUCAACGACCUCCUGCCCGCCGAGCAGACACUGAUGCUCUUUGUCAGGAUCAACAGCAGCUUGAAGGCAAACCUGAAGCGGCAGCUGGCUCGACUCGGUGUUGUCAACGAUGGCGGGCCACAGCAUGGGCUGGUGGUGGUGGACGUGGCCUUCUACACAGAGAACGUGCAGGCCCUCAAGAACUUGGAGGCCUUCGAUCUCAACAUGGCCGAGAUCUGGGAGCACAAGAGGUGACCUCAGGCGCCACCAACGGCCAACGACGACCACAACAGCGCUGUUUGAGCCUUUAUUCGAUAUCCUCGAUGUCCAGCUCAAGUUCCAUGGACUAGUACACUUCAAAAACUUGACAACAGUGUGCUACUAGUACUACUCACGAAGUGCUCAAUGUUAACGAGUAGAAUUGAAUAUAAUGUCUCUAGUAGUACCAGUAGCACGCAGUUGUCAACUAGUAGAGACUUGAUCUGCUGCGACCAUUGGACCCGAACAAAAGCGGUUGAUGUUCCCUUGCAAACAUUUGGAGGGUUCUGCAGACUUUUCCAAACCUUUUCCUAAUUGUCACUCUGUUGUCAUGACAACACAGGAAGCUGAACCCCACCCACCGCAUAAGCAAGAAACUGGACCAAACUGUGACUUUUCCUAAAGUGUAUCACUGUGUCUCAGGAAAACUGUGACAUUAUUUUCACUAUUUUUGUUUUUGGGAGAUUGUUUUCUUCAAACAAAAAAACAAAAAAAAAUUGAAUCAGCCAACGUCAUCACUGUGCCUCUAAACGACAACCUGUGUGUGUGUGUGCAUAAGUCUUUCAUAUAAUUUGAUCAAUAACAAUAAGGAAACUAAUAAAAAAUAUAUAUAAUUCUAA